ACAACCAUCAAUCAGACAUUCCAGGGUCUUAUAAGUAAAUUUAAAUAUGGUUCAUGCGUAUACAUUAGAUGCACAUAUUACUUUCAAUAAAACAUUUUAAUUACAUAAAAGGACAAGUUCAAACCUCAAUUUUACCUAAAAACUAACAUAAUAAUAAUACCCAAUAUCACAAAAUCAUACCUUUUCCCAAAAAUAAUGCAACAAUACAAAUAACACACACAACCAAUGACACUUUUGGAGCAACAAAUUUCUCACUUGAUACAGCAAAAAAUCCAAGUAAUCACACAAAGAUACUCCCACAACACUUUUGACAAAAACAAGACCAAAAACAACAUUUCUACCUCAACACCAACAAAUCUUGAAUCUACAAUUACCACUCCACCAAAAUUCCACACUCCUCCUUCACUCUCACAAACACCAAGAAGAAGAAAAGUCAUAAAUCAAAAUCAAAAUCAAAAUAAAAAAUUAAAAAAAUCAAAAUUAAAAAAGAGAGAAAAUAUUCCAAAUUUCAGAUCUUUUUCUCUCUCAUCCAAAAUUCUCCUCCAUGCCCAUCUCCUCCUACCUCGGGAACCGCAGCAGAAGUGGCGGCGCUGGGUGGGCCCGCUCAUUUCUUCCGACAACAACCACCGCCGCUACCACCACAACCCCGACAAAAUCAAAGCUCCACCGCAAAUCACGGCGAAGAACCCAAUUGCGUGACUUCAUUUGGGCCCACUUUUUCACAAUCGGAUUAUCAAUCUCUCUCCUCCUCUUCACGGCGGCGCUUUUCCGCUUCGGCCCAUUUUCUCUCUCCUCCCCCCGAUUCUCACGGCGGUAUUCUUCUACCAGACCCAGAAAGCCGAACCUCAGGAAACUACCCUCUGCUUCUCACAACGACGUCGUUUCGUCUGCUGCUGCUGUUGAUAUUACUACCAAAGAUCUGUAUGAUAAGAUUGAGUUUUCGGAUGUUGAUGGUGGGCCUUGGAAGCAAGGUUGGAUGGUUACUUAUAAAGGGAAUGAGUGGGAUAAUGAGAAAUUGAAGAUUAUUGUUGUUCCUCAUUCUCAUAAUGAUCCUGGUUGGAAGUUUACUGUUGAUGAGUAUUAUGAUCGUCAAUCUCGUCAUAUUCUUGAUACCAUUGUUGAAUCUCUAUCUAAAGAUCCACGGCGCAAGUUUAUAUGGGAGGAGAUGUCAUACUUGGAGAGGUGGUGGAGGGAUUCUUCAGAGAGCAAAAGGGAAUCUUUUGCAAAUUUAGUGAAGAAUGGGCAGCUAGAAAUUGUUGGAGGUGGUUGGGUAAUGAAUGAUGAGGCCAACUCCCAUUUUUAUGCUAUCAUUGAGCAGAUGACUGAGGGUAAUAUGUGGCUAAAUGAGACCAUUGGAGUGGUUCCUAGAAAUGCUUGGGCAAUUGAUCCAUUUGGAUACUCUCCUACAAUGGCAUAUCUUCUCCGACGCAUGGGUUUUGAGAACAUGCUGAUACAAAGGACUCACUAUGAGCUCAAAAAGGAAUUAGCCUUGCAUAAAAACUUGGAAUUUGUAUGGCGUCAGAGCUGGGAUGCCCUGGAAACUACAGAUAUAUUUGUGCAUUUGAUGCCCUUCUAUUCGUACGAUGUUCCUCAUACAUGCGGACCUGAGCCAGCUGUAUGUUGUCAAUUUGAUUUUGCUCGGAUGCGGGGUUUUAUUUAUGAACUCUGUCCCUGGGGUCAUCAUCCCGUGGAGACAAAUCAGGAAAAUGUGCAGGAGAGAGUAGGAAAGCUGUUGGAUCAGUACAGAAAGAAAUCAACCUUAUACAGGACAAACACACUUCUUAUUCCUCUAGGAGAUGACUUCCGUUAUGUCAGCAUAGAUGAAGCAGAGGCACAGUUUAGGAAUUAUCAAAUGUUAUUCGAUUAUAUUAAUUCUAAUCCCAGCUUAAAUGCAGAGGCAAAGUUUGGCACUUUGGAUGAUUACUUUCGAACCCUCCGUGAGGAGGCCGAGAGAGUGAAUUAUUCACUUCCUGGCGAGAUCGGAUCUGGCGAAAUUGAAGGUUUUCCUUCUUUAUCUGGAGACUUCUUUACUUAUGCUGAUAGGCAGCAAGAUUAUUGGAGUGGCUAUUAUGUUUCAAGGCCUUUCUUUAAGGCUGUUGAUCGUGUUCUGGAGCAUACACUUCGCGCCUCAGAAAUGUUGAUGGCACUGCUAUUAGGACGUUGUCACAGAGUUCAAUGUGAAAAGUUGCCGGCUAGUUAUGCGCACAAGUUGACAGCUGCAAGGAGGAAUUUAGCCCUGUUUCAGCAUCAUGAUGGAGUAACUGGUACAGCUAAGAAUCAUGUGGUCAAGGACUAUGGAACUCGAAUGCAUACCUCUUUGCAGGAUUUGCAAAUUUUCAUGUCCAAAGCUAUUGAAGUACUGCUUGGCAUUCGCUUUGAGAAAAAUGAACAAAAUCCCUCUCAAUUUGAGCCAGAACAAGUGAGGUCCAAGUAUGACGCACAGGCUAUUCACAAGGGUAUUAUUGUCCAAGAAGGAGCUGCAAGAUCAGUGGUCAUCUUUAAUCCUCUGGAGCAAACCAGAAAUGAGGUUGUGAUGGCGAUUGUUGACAAACCAGAUAUAAGUGUCUUGGACUCCAACUGGACUUGUAUUGAGAGCCAGGUUUCUCCUGAAAUGCAGCAUGAUAAGGGCCAAAUAUUUACAGGGAGGCAUCGUGUCCACUGGAAAGCUUCUAUUCCUGCUUUGGGGCUUCAAACGUAUUAUCUUGUUCAUGGAGCAGGGCAGUGUGAGAAAGCAAAGCUGGCAGACUUGAAAAUUUCAACUUCUGAUCAGUUAUCUUGUCCUGCACCAUAUGCUUGCUCGAAAAUAGAGGGAGAGGUGGUUGUAAUUCAGAAUCGUCAUCGAACUCUUACUUUCAAUGCAAAUCUUGGCUUAUUGAUUAAAGUUGCUAAUAGUGAUGGUUCUUUAAAUAAUGUGGGCGAGGAGAUAAGCGUGUACAGUAGCGAGGGAAGUGGUGCAUACCUGUUUAAACCUGUGGGUGAUGCACAUCCUUUCAUUGAAGCUGGUGGACAGUUGGUGGUUACCACAGGCCCUUUGAUGCAGGAAGUGUAUUCUUAUCCAAAGACUCAAUGGGAUGAAGCACCUAUCUCUCACAGUACUCGAGUUUAUAAUGGGGAAAAUACCAUUCAGGAGUUUGUCAUUGAGAAGGAAUAUCAUGUUGAAUUUCUUGGGGAUCAGUUUAAUGACAAGGAGCUGAUAGUCAGAUACAAGACUGACAUUGAGAAUAGGAAGAUUUUCUUUUCUGAUUUAAAUGGUUUUCAGAUGAGCCGGAGAGAAACAUAUGAUAAGAUUCCUGUGCAGGGAAAUUAUUACCCAAUGCCCUCCCUUGCAUUUAUGCAAGGACUUGAUGGUCGCCGGUUUUCAGUUCAUUCGCGUCAAUCACUGGGUGUGGCAAGCCUAAAAAAUGGAUGGCUGGAGAUAAUGCUUGAUCGUCGUUUGCUGAAUGAUGAUGGGCGUGGUCUUGGGCAAGGGGUAACUGACAACCGUCCAAUGACUGUUGUAUUUCACAUCCUUCCCGAGUCCAAUAUUUCUUCUGUUUUAGAUCCCAGUUCAAAAGCCCUUUCUUUAAACCCUUCUUUGCUGUCCCAUUGUAUUGGGUCUCACUUGAAUUAUCCCAUACACGCGUUCAUUGCUAAGAAAGCACAAGAACUUGCCCCACAACCACCACCGCCGAGAUUCUUCUCCCCUCUUACUUCUUCUUUACCAUGUGAUUUGCAUAUUGUGGACUUCAAAGUGCCCCGGCCUUCAAAGUAUUCAGUUUUGGAGCAUCCUGUAGAAGAUCCAAGGUUUGUUCUACUAUUUCAGAGGCGGGGUUGGGAUUCAUCGUACUGUCGAACUGCAAGAUCUCAAUGCACAAAAUUAGCAGAUGAACCUGUUAAUCUUUAUAGCUUGUUCAAAGACCUGGAUGUCAUGCACGUAAAAGCAGCAUCUUUGAAUCUCCUACACGACGAUACAGAGAUGCUUGGUUAUACUGAGCUUUCUGGAGAUGUUGUGCAAGAGGGGCAUGUUGUCAUCCCUCCCAUGGAAAUACAGGCAUACAAACUUGAGUUACGACCUCACCAAUGAAAGCAGGCUAGCCCUUUGGUUAACUGUCUUCAUCUUGCAGUUUUGAUGCAGAAAUGAUUUACUUGGGGACACUAUCUUGAAAUGAAUCUGCCAUAUAUCAGUGUCUCAGAGAAGAGUGUGUACCAAGAUGCUUUAUAGCAGUACGAAAUUGUUGUCCAUCAUUCUUGUACACAAGCAUUUAGGGCAUGCCCUUAAAAUGAUGUACCGAUGUUGCCGGUUGAUUCCGUUCCCAGAUAGUUGAUGGUUACUCGGUCCAAGUGAUAGAUGAGGAAGUUCUUGAUCGGCCAUUUACAGAUCUCUAGGAUGAUUGUGGUUAGGUUCUUGUGUAAGAAAGUCUGUUUUGUGAAUGAACUAUUUUCAUACUGUUGAUAUGGUCAAAACCCUGUAAUUUAGAGGUAGUUGUGUAGGUGAUAGAAAUUGUAUCGUUUUUUGAUGUGACUGAUUAUGCAAGGGUACAAUACUUUUUUGGUAGAUUGACAGACGCUGAAAAAA